GGUGUGGAGGGAGGGUGUGGUGUGGGGACGCGCCCCAACCGAAAGAGGAGCUUCCUAAGAGCAGCAAAGCCCCAGGCAUACCAAGCAACCAGACCCACGGACUGGGGAGGGAUAGGCUGAACCUGGACUCCCUGCAGGGGCACCUAGGAGGGGCGGCCAACUCCAGGUGUGAGGGCACUGAGUGUGGGGAGAGGGAGCCCGCUGAGAAAGGGAAGAGGCAGAGCUGCUGUACAAGUGCAGGGAGCGGGAAGCUACACCGGCCACCGGCUGCCGCUUCCCGCCGCCUCCAGCCUCGGCAGCAGCAGGAACAGCAGGGGGAGGAGCAACAGCUGCCAAAUUCGCCAACUGGAAGAGGGGGAGGCGGAGCUUGAGUCCCAGUAGAAGCUGAAGCACAGCCUGGACUGUAGUUUCCCUGGAGAGACCAGAGCAGGAACAAGAGCCGAGUGGAGUGCAGUCUUCCGAGCAUCAGCUCCCGCAUCCCGCCAGGGGUUGAAGGUGUGUGGGAGGCUUGAACCUACUCCAGUAUGGCUUUCCUUGGACUAUUCUCUUUGCUGGUUCUAUACAGUGUGGUGGUGGGGGCCACUUUCUCUGAAGAUACCAUUGCUGAGUUGUCAGUGAAUAUGUAUAACCAUCUUCGAGUCACCGGGGAAGAUGAAAAUAUUCUCUUCUCUCCAUUGAGUAUUGCUCUUGCCAUGGGAAUGAUGGAACUUGGCGCUCAGGGGUCCACUCUAAAGGAAAUCCGCCAUUCAAUGGGAUAUGACAGCCUGAAAAAUGGAGAUGAACUUUCUUUUUUAAAGGAUUUUUCAAACAUGGUAGCUGCUGAAGAGAGCCAAUAUGUGAUGAAAAUUGCCAAUUCCCUCUUUGUGCAAAAUGGAUUUCAUAUCAAUGAUGAGUUUUUGCAAAUGGUGAAAAAAUACUUUAAUGCAGAAGUAAAUCAUGUGGACUUCAGUCAAAAUGUAGCUGUGGCCAACCACAUCAAUAAGUGGGUGGAAAAUAACACAAAUAAUCUGCUAAAAGAUUUGGUGUCCCCAAGGGAUUUUGAUGCUGCCACUCAUCUGGCCCUCAUCAAUGCUGUCUAUUUCAAGGGGAACUGGAAGUCACAGUUUAGACCUGAAAAUACUAGAACCUUUUCCUUCACUAAAGAUGAUGAAAGUGAAGUACAGAUUCCAAUGAUGUAUCAACAAGGAGAAUUUUAUUAUGGGGAAUUUAGUGAUGGAUCCAAUGAAGCUGGUGGUAUCUACCAAGUCCUAGAAAUACCAUAUGAGGGAGAUGAGAUAAGCAUGAUGCUGGUACUGUCCAGACAGGAAGUUCCACUGGCCACUCUGGAGCCAUUGGUCAAAGCACAGCUGAUUGAAGAAUGGGCCAACUCUGUGAAGAAGCAAAAAGUGGAAGUAUACCUGCCCAGGUUCACAGUUGAACAGGAAAUUGACUUAAAAGACAUUUUGAAGGGUCUUGGAAUAACUGAAAUUUUCAUCAAAGAUGCAAAUUUGACAGCCCUGUCUGAUAACAAAGAGCUAUUCCUUUCCAAAGCAAUUCACAAGUCUUUCAUAGAGGUUAAUGAAGAAGGCUCAGAAGCUGCCGCUGCCUCAGGAAUGAUUGCAAUUAGUAGGAUGGCGGUGCUGUAUCCUCAAGUUAUUGUGGACCAUCCAUUUUUCUUUCUUAUCAGAAACAGGAGAACUGGUACAAUCUUAUUCAUGGGACGAGUCCUGCAUCCUGAAACAAUGAACCCAAGUGCACAUGAUUUUGAGGAACUUUAAAUGACUCCAUUUGAGUAACAAGGAAAACUGCAACAAAGCACAUUAUGUUUGCAACUGAUCUAUAUUUAGGAUUUGUGUUUUACAGUGUAUCUUAAGAUAAUGUUAAAAAUAGCUCCAGAUAGAAACAAUAUAUGUGAAUUACAGGUCAACCUGUCAAGGAUAUUAUCAGUAUUAAGGUAGUGGUCCUGUUAUGUCAUUGUGUUUGCUAUGCUGUUGUUUAAAAUAAAAGUACAUAUUGAACAUGUAAACAGCUGUUUUUCAUUUUAAAAGUAGCAGUAGUAGUAUAUAUAUACCUGUCAGUUAAAUUUGGAAACAAUGAUAUUUCAGUAGAAAUUGGAGUAUGCAGAUACCAAUAUGAGAAUUUGGAAAUAGUAAUGUUUUGGGGCUUCUAAAGUCUUUCAUAAUUAUGCAGAAUCAAAGCACCAAGGUAAAUUAGCAUUGCAGUAUAGAGGGCAGGACAAGGAAAUGUAAGCUGAAUGUCUGUAAAGCUCCAUAACAAAACCUGUUAGAAAAAAAUAGGACUAUGCAAACCCUUAUAGACAUUACUGGUUUGUCUAUUUACAAUGGUAUGAUGCUUUUUUAUCAUUAUUUUAGAGUGUACUCCUUCCAUUUAUUAAAAAUAAAAAAGGUUUACUGUAAAACAAUAUGUCAUGUGAUGCCAGCAGUAAUCUCAUAUAUUUUGUGCUUACCCAAUCUCUUAACUGCAUCAAGAGGCUACAUCAACUGAUUGACUGCAACAUCUAGAUUUGUGUAAGUACAAUUUCUGAUGUUCACAUAAAGAUGAAGUGCUUCAGGGCUCAGUUCUCAGAACAUACCCCUGAUGUUAAGUGACAUGACUACACUAGUGAUUUAGAUAUGGCUAACUUAUAGAAAAUUAACUCAGUCAGUGAAGUAUACUGAAUCAGCACUUCUCAAACAUCAAUGUGUAAUGUAGUGAACUGGGGAUCUUCUUACAAAUGCAGAUUCUCAUUCAGUUAUUGUCGGGUGGGGACUGAUUGCAUACUUCUAACAGAUUCCCAAGUGAAGCCUUUACUGUUUGUCCAUGGACUUUACUGUUUUUCACUUCCAUAACAAAACUCUGCUUAACGUAAGUUUUGCAUGUUUAAUAUUUUCAUACAUGGAAACAGAAAGACUACAAUUUCAUAGAGCUUGGAAAUAUUCAGGGAGAGGUGGAGUGGUAAUCUGCAUUAAUAAUGUAAUUCAUUUGUCCAAGGAAAGGAAAAAUGGUUUUUACUCUAAAGUGUCUUUUCUAUUACAUGCUAUGAACAAAAGCAAAAUUCCUCUGCAUAUUAGAACACUUGAAAUAUGUUCUUUAAAAAUAUGGAGACAUUUAUAGGUAAUACCCAUGAAAGAAUUUAUGAAUACCCAAGGACAUAACACUUAACACUGAAUCUUUUACAGCUUAUAUUUUGAGAGGACUUAUAGUUUAUUCAUAAAUCUUCAGUUAUUGUAGAAUAGUUGCUCUUGUUUUCAUUUAUUAUUUAUAAAGCCUGGCCUAACUGAUGUUGAUUCAGUAUUGGAAUUCUGAGUUUGUAAUAUUCUUCACUACCAUAUUGCUACUUGUUAAUCAUUAUGUACAUUACUGUAUCUGUUCAUCUGUCAACUAAAUGCAUUACCUAUAAAGGAAGAAUAAACAUCAUUAGACACCAUGUA